UUUAGACAGGUGUGCUAUAAUUUCUCCAGCACUUAUGUAUCACUCAUAAUAUCCUUGAGUCUUGACAACAGGCCUCACUUAUCUCGGCUUCUAAAAUACGUAGACUGCGUUAACCGCCUAAAUACAGCGAUUGGGGCUGUGACCGUUGGGUGCGAACCAGCAGUUCUAAGGCUCCAGGAGGCAGUCGAGUUCUUGAGCCGGACGAAGUCAACGGAUCAACUAAGGAUUCAUCGGUUGAGGGAAACGUUAGCGGCGAUCAAGGCUCUGUAUGAGUCGGAAGUGGAUGCGAUGAGGUACGAGGGUGUGUUCGACGAGGCACUGGUCAGGUUGCAGGAUGAGUACGAGGCCAUACUGCAGCAAAUCAAGCAUGAAGGGAUCAGAGAAGCAGCUGAAGGAGGUGAAGAGGGGGAUGUUGAUGCAGAGGUUGAUCGUGAAGCAGAGAAGAAGCAAUUGGGUUCGGAACUUGAAGUUGAAGUACUUGGUCGGAUAUCGGAGACGCUGGCUUCUAAUGAUUGUUUGGAUAUCUGCAUUGAUAUCUAUGUCAAGGUAAGAUACCGAAGGGCAGCAAAGGCUCUGAUGAGGCUAAACCCAAGAUACCUCAAAACUUACGCACCAGAAGAAAUAGACAAAAUAGAAUGGGAAGUCUUAGAAUCAGCAAUCACUCUCUGGAUCCAACACUUCCAACUUGCGGUAAACUCCGUUUUCCUUGCCGAAAAACACCUCUGCAAGCGAGUCCUCUCCGGCAUCAUGGACGGCACGAUCUGGCCUGCAUGCUUCGCAAAAAUCGCUGAUAAAAUCAUGGCUGUCUUCUUCCGUUUUGGCGAAGGCGUCGCUCGCAGCUCCAAAGAGCCCCAAAAGCUCUUCAAACUCCUUGACAUGUAUGAUUCCAUGGAUAAAAUUCGCAGCGAGUUUUUUCAAGUUUUUGAUGGUGAGUCCGGAGUUGAUAUAUGUGCUCGUUUUCGCGAGCUUCAAAAGUUAUUGGUUCAUGCUGCAUCUAAAGUGUUCUGGGAGUUUGGUCUCCAGAUUGAGGGACUUGAAGAUGGUUCUCCUCCGCCUUCUGAUGGAUCUGUACCAAAAAUUGUCAGAUAUGCUGUGAACUACUUGAAAUGUCUCGCUGGUUGCGGAUACGCUUCAGUAAUGGGCCAAGCACUGCGAAUAGAGAAAACAUGGAAAGCAGGAUAUCUAUCGAAGGCGGAGCCCGAUGAGAAUCUACUAAGAGAGGCGAUAUCGAAUGCUCUCGAUGCACUGCAGAGAAAUGUAGAGGCAAAAAGGAGCAAAUACAAAGAUAAAACAACAUCUCAUGUAUUGGCAAUGAACACAUAUUGGUAUAUGUAUAUGAGAACCAGAGGCUCAGAGCUGGCCAAAUUGGUAGGAGAGGAUAUAAUGAAAAAAAAAUACAAGGCUGCGGCCGAGGAGGCAGCUUAUUCUUACCAAGCGCAGGCAUGGGGCCCUCUGGUGAAGUGGCUCCAGAGAGAGGAGGAGUCGCCGAGAGAGCGGAUGGAGGUGUUUACGAGAGAGUUUGAGGAAAUUUUAAGGAGGCAUCAGAAAUGUUAUUGCGUUCAGGACGACGAUUUGAGACAUCAGAUUGGAGGGGCAGUGGUCAAGAUUGUUGUGCCGGCGUAUGAAGAGUUUUUGAGUCUGCAUUCGAGGGUUUGUCAGGGGAGAUCGUCGGUUUUAGCUCCGGACUCGAUGAGGGAGAUUUUGAGUAGGAUUUUUGGUGGAGAAACUGUUAAGGUGGUGAAGUUUAAGAGGAGAGAGUUUAGAAAGGGGGAAGAUGAGGAGAAGGUUGAAGGAGGUAGCUUUGGGAGAAGGAAGGAGAAAGAAAGAGGAGGAGAGAGAUUUAGGAGGAAGGAAAGAAGAAGCUUUGGGAGGAAGGGGGAGCAAAGCGAAGAGCGAGAAAACUCCGAGAGGAACGAUGAGAGGAAGGAGGAGGAGAAGGAAGAAAGGGCAAUUGUGCAUGGAAGUGUUAGACCCUAG